UCCAUGUUUCUGAAAAAUCUCACUGUGGAUGACAUCGCGGUGAUUCAAUGCAAUGCCUCCAAUUCCUUCGGCUACGUAUUUGUAAACGCCUAUGUGAAUGUACUGCGUGAACCCCCCUUCAUCUACAAACCACCUCAAGGUCAGCUUCACCUUGUGGAUGGUGUCUCAGCCCUUAUAACCUGCCGGAAUUAUCUGAAUGCCUGGCGCGGUUCCAAACGAACACCUCUUAAAAGUAUCCUCAUCCCCCUUCGUAUUCAGUCGGUUUCGGCCACGGACUCAGGAGAUUAUGAGUGCACAGCGACGAAUCCGUUUGGGGUGACAAAGGCCUCUGGUCACCUGACUGUUCGACGCCGAACAAGGGUCACCUUAGCGCCCAUCGAGACCUGGGUUUACGAGGGCCAGCUGGUGAAGUUCGUUUGCACAGCUGAGACCGAUCCCAUGGAAGUGGACAAUCUAACCGUGACAUGGUACAAGGAUGGAAACCUGAUUGAUUCCUUGGCAACACCACGUAUCGAACAAAUCGGCUUCGAUUACUCCCUCCUUAUCGCCGGUGCUCAAGCCCUUGACACAGGUCAAUAUCGCUGCAAUGCUAGCAACGGUCUUGACUAUGCCUUCGCUACCGCAUCCCUGCUGGUUCAAGGGCGUCCAAAUCAGCCACGCGGGAUAACAAUUGAUUGCAUCAACUUCGCCGACAAGCGGCAAGCCCUUGUCAACUGGGCUCCCGGCUCGGACAACUACGCUCCCAUCAUUGAAUACAUUGUGGAAUUCUCCACGCAGUUUGAGCGGCAAACCUGGUACCGGGCAGAACUCUUUAAUGCCACCGGUCUUCUGCAUGCAGCCGAUGCCAAGGUUAUCCUUCGACCCAAUAUCGAUUAUCGAUUCCGAGUGCGAACUCGAAACAGAGUGGGUCUCUCCGAGCCGAGUGUAGCGACCACCGGAACGUGCAUGAUUCCACCCACAGCACCGGCGUCCAAUCCUCGAGAACUAUUUGUCUACGGCACGCAGGCGAACAAUCUUGUCAUCCAGUGGUCGACCAUGCCCUACGUGGAACACUAUGGCAACAAUCUUGUGUAUCUAUUGACUGUUCGUUGCCUUAACUGCAACAAUAUUCGCCCCACUGACGUGAAUACAACAGUCAUUGGCGACUGGCGCACUGACCGCAUCACAUACACCGUUUUCCAAAGUGGCACCGCCGCCAACAAAAUUAGGCAACCGAUCGAGUCCUACAAACUGUUCGAGGCAACUAUCCAAAGCCGGAAUGACAAGGGCACGAGUACAGCCAUUCCGACUGUCGCGCAGGGCUACUCCGGCGAAAACAUGCCAAGUGUUAUACCGUCUGCCCCGACAGUGCUCCAGGCCACAUCAACUGGCGCUGUUCUUCAGUGGACAGUAAUCACACAACAGCAGGAGACCAGUGUGAAUGGCUUCUUCCGGGGAUAUAGAGUCGAGUGGUGUCCGUCACAGUUUACAGGUCCUGAAUGUGAAAAGGAGAAGAGAUUUCAAGACGUGCUUUUUCAAAUGCUUCCCAUUCCCAUAUCCUACCUCCGUCGACCGCGUUCAGCGGAGGAGAAAGAUGCAAAGGAAGACACAAGCACGCAGGAUCAUGCACACUAUUACAGCAGCCCAGGCAAUUGUGAGUCGUUCCAGGAUGCCUGCCCAGUCUCGCCAUUUAGAUCACCUUCCUGCCUCGGCGAGGCCAUUCAGUUUCAGUUGGCACGGUCACGUCGUCAGCUGGUCACCAUGACCACCCUGCCAGAUGCUAAGAGCUCGAUUACACCAAUCAUAUUGCAGAAUUUCACCUGGGGUCAGGCGAUCAAUUACACGCUGACCGGGGUGCCCGGGGCUACGGAGAUCAGGCUUUGGCUGCGUAUCCUCAACAGUCUCAAUGCAGGCCCAAUGAGCGGGGUAGUCACUAUGACAACCCUGGAGGGCAUUCCCGGACCGGUAUCUGAACUUCAGACCGUGAUGAUCGGCAUCAACAAAGUUAACAUCACCUGGACAGCCCCUAGAGAGCCGAAUGGCGUGGUCGUUGGCUAUGAAUUCGAAGCACGGGAGAGUGAGUUGACUUUGCUUCCAUAUUUAACUUUUUCGCGCGAUAGUUUUGACAUAUCGCGCGGGUCCAUCUUAAUGUGA